AUGAGCUCCGACGACGUCGCCAUCAAUGGAUGGACUGCAGUCCCGGUUGACGCCGGGAAGAUCUUCAAGAAUGGACCUUACAUCAAUGAACCUGAGUACAUUGAUGUUGAGAGCAUCCAGUUCCCAAACGACGACCCAAUUGUCGAGAAGACACGGCAACAUGCCAAAGAUAAACUCCUGAAGCAGACUUAUAACCAUUCCAUGAGAGUUUACUACUGGUCGACUGUCAUUCUCCGACAGCAAUUCCCAGAGCAUGCUGGCACUCUCUCCCCUUCGACCCUGGCACUAACAUGCCUCCUCCAUGACAUCGGCACCACCGACGAAAACAUGUCCUCAACCCGCCUUUCUUUUGAGUUUCAAGGCGGCUUCCAAGCUCUCAACCUCCUUCAAGACAACGGCUCUACCAAAGACCAAGCCGAAGCCGUUUGCGAGACUAUAAUUCGUCAUCAAGAUCUCGGCACCGAGGGAAGAAUCACUUUUCUCGGGCAACUCAUCCAACUGGCUACUAUCUACGAUAAUGUUGGUGAACAUCCAAAUGUCAAAGACUUUGGGAAGAUCAUUCAUGAGAAGACGCGCGAGGAAGUCAACAACGCUUUUCCUCGUGAGGGAUGGCUGGGAUGUUUUGCUGCUACGAUUAGGAAGGAAGAGAGCUUGAAGCCGUGGUGCCAUACUACUCAUAUUCCCAACUUUGCGGAGCAGGUUGAAGGGAAUCAGCUACAGAAGUCAUAUGAGUGA